AUGAACUUAAUCACAAAAGAACCAAAUUUUUAUCAUAAUUUAGAAAAUAAUGAUUUGAUCAUUGAUUUUCAAAAACAAUGGGGUAUGGGAUUUAACUGUUAUUUGAGCUUUUAUUUAAUAAAUUUGUUACCUCAGUCUCUUUAAAUUUUAUAUAUGUAAUAAUUAAUCCUUUUAAUAACCUUUCAAAUAGAGGAUCAGAUCUUAAGAAUAUAUUGAGCAACUAUCCUAAAAAGGAAAUGUAAAUAUCCAAAAAUUCAAUUUAUUGUUAAAUCUUUAUCAACUAGGCUCAGCUGAUUAAUAAUUGAUAGAUAAAAUAAAGUAGAAGUUAAGAGUCGCCGAUUAAUUCAAAUCAUAGACAGUAAAACAAGCAAAAAUUGUAAAUGACUUACAAAAUAUGUUCGAUAAUAAAUAAAGAAAAAUUUUAUUAAAAUUCAACCAUCAAAAUUAUCAAAACAGCAUUAAAAACAAUUGA